AUGGAAGCAGUCAACAAGGUGAUCAACAUGGCCUCGCACUCCAUUCGGGAUGACACUGAUGUCCAACCACAGAAUGCCGAACAAUCACAGGACGAACGUAUCUCCGGCGUGCAGAGUCAAGGCGCCGCAAAUGACUCGUACGACGCCGGCAACCGAGACGAACAACCCGACGCCUCUACCUCGAAUGCCAACACCGCACCACAGGAACCUAAGCCGGACGGCCAGUCCUUGACGAGUGUUCCUCAACAAGCCGCUAGCUCUACUUCCGAUAGGCCCUCUGCUACCCCCACUACGGAUAUGGGUUCCACUACCGCCACGGGCUCGCCGAACACCGCUGCCGCCGGCUUAUCCAAUUCUACCGUAGAUACUAAUACCGGCACCAAGGCUGACGAUGGUAAGAAGCAACGCGAUACUGAUAACACCCACGUCGAUGAGAAUGCCCAAAAACAGGUACACCAGGGCCGUCGCGGGACAGCUGCGAUCAUGGAAGAUCACGGCGUUAGCAGAGAGACGCUGAAGGGGCCUCAAGGUCCGGCGCCGCACCCAGCCGCCGAUUUUGAGAAGGAAGGCCGGAAGGAAACAAAGGAUGAACAGCCUGCUGGGUCGAGCAGCGCUGAUGAUAACGUAGAAAGCGAGGAUUCAAAGAAUGGCGGGGGAUUUUCUGGAAGCAAUGAAAAGCAGGGCGUAAUGUCGAAGAUGAAGGAAGGUUUGACGAAGGUUGCUCAUCCGCAUCAUGGUAAAUAG